AUGUCUUCAUCCGAAGAACUCUCCGACCUCUCUCUCCCUUCUAUCCUCACCCAGCUAACUGAACAAACCCUUACUUCUCAACAAGAAUCGGGAUCAACACCCCUACUAUCCUGGUCCCCUACCACUUCCUUCCUCGUCGCUACACUGGUGUUCACACUAUGUGUCCGCCGUGCCUGGAGGUUCUAUUGUACGGGUACUUUGUCUGGAUCUUCGGAAUCGACGUAUCAUAACGAUCUGGAUCAUGAUGCUUAUUACCAUCAUCACCAUGAUUGGCACGCGCCUUGGCCCCGAGUGUGCAUAACGAUGCGGGAGUUAUGCGAGAGGGCGGAGGAGGUAGAUGAGGUCCUGGGGAGUUUUAAGACGUCGAUGAUGAUGGGUACAACGAGGACAUCUUCGGCCGUAGUUACAGGUGAAGUCGCGCGCAAGAACUUUGGCUAUUUCGACGUGAUGCAACAAUGGGAAGUGAUGAUGGAGUACGAAGAACGAAUGAUGCGUAUCCAAGAAACGAUCCUCGAUCUCUCCCUCGAAACGCAUAACCUACAUGAUAUCCACCUUCAGGAUCCCUCGACUCUUCAGGAAAAAUCUGUACAACUUUAUCCGGAACAAACUCCACCAACAUCUGAAUCACUUCCGACAUUAUCUAUACCGAUGUUCAUACCGACAUCCACUGUACCGUUAUCCCUACCAACGUUCAUACCGACAUCCAUACCAACACCCAUACGAAGACUGUUCCUGAAUUGCAUAUACCACAUACGGAGAAUCCGGAGGAUCGCAGAAUGUUAUUGUGAUCUGAGGAGGUUGAGGACGGAGAUCCAUGUGAGCAUAUUUACAUCUCCCGAUAUUCCCUUGCCUGUCCUUGAUAUCGCUGCGGGUCGACUUGUGGGCAGGCAUUUCAGAACAGAUGAGUCGGAGAGAACAGGUUCGGUGGGGCUUGCAGGUAUCGAAGUUGAGGCGGGCUUCCAUGCCAUAACUUUGGGUUUCGACCAAGCUAGAGAUAAGUACAGUAAAUACACAAAUUUGCAAGAUACAUGGCAUACUACGUAG